AAAGAAUUUGUUUGUUACACUAAACUUAUAAGUUUAUAUUUUCAAUUUAAUUUGUAAUAUUGUCAUCAUAUAAAUGAAGUACAUCAAUAAAUAUUUUCAAAUCACUGUUGAAACUAAUUUUCUAAUUUGAUUCAUCAUUUCAUUCUAGUCGAACCAAUGAUCUGAUGUGUGAGUACAUAUUAAUAUUAGCUACCCCCCUAGAUUAAUGAUGAUAUGUUCCAUGGACCAUGAUUAUUGCUGACUGCUGAGAAGUAUCACAUACUUUCGUUAUUUGAGCUGAGCUGUUGUUUCUUACAAACACAAAGGCAAAUUUAAAUCCCAUCCCUACGAGAGUGGCGAGUCCGAUGUUAUUUGCACUUUUUAGCAAGAGACAAUAUGUAAACUCAGAGUCGCGAUUAAACGUAUUCGUAAUUAGAGUAGCUAUAUUUGUGGGAGCUGUUGCUGUAAUUUUUGGGGCGCUAAAGGUGUUUACUUCCGGUUUAGCCACGGAACAGCUUCGCUUAGUUUCGUCUGUAGCCACUAAUAUUUUUACUCUCUUAGUGCAUAGGCUGGCUGCAAGAGAACUGGCGCUAGCAACAUGCUCUUUUAUGAAGUUGUCCAAACAUUACGCCGUGGCGGCCACGCAAGAAGUAGCAAUAUUUUCUUUCCGAACUUUCGUGAGUGCACGUGUGGCAUCUCUUGAUGUGAAAUCUAUAACAGUUUUAGUUGAUCAAGUAAUAAAAUUAUAUAAGUUAUCACGUGUUCAAGCCAAUAUGCCAUCAACUCAACGAAUAAAGAGCACUACUAUAGUUCAUACGGACAAGUGCAUUUAUACAUGGACAAUAAAGAAUUACAGUUUGUUAGAACUGGAGGUAGGAGAACCAAUAUUAUCCAAUGAUUUUAUCGUUGGAAGUGAUUAUGGUAAACAUUGCUUCAAUUUGGAAUUAUACCCUAAUGGCAAUAGUGAAAAUCAGGGAUUUGUUACUAUAUAUCUUUGUUACAUAGGAAGUGACUUAGAAGCAAAACAAGAAGAAUUAAUGUGUAAAUACAAGCUAACAGCUAUCAGAAAUGGAAAAGUCAUCAAAACUUUCAUCUACGAUGUAGAUUUUGCAAAGAUGACAAGCAUGGGCCUAAGAAUUCUUGAAGAGAAAAAUAUUGACAGAUUAAUUACUUCUAAGGAUACUGUAACUUUUAAAUGUGAGUUAGACAUUUUCAAGGGCUUUUUACAUAAUGGCAAUGAAACUGACAAUGAAACUGACCAUGAAACUGACAAUGAAACUGAAGAUGAGAUUAUUGAUAAAAAGAAAUUCAAGUUGGCAUUUCCUUGUGAAGAAUUCAGUGAUGUCAAAUUGAGAACUUCUGAUAAAUUUAUCAUACCUGCACACAAAUUUGUACUUGCUACGGUCAGUCCAGUAUUUAGAGCCAUGUUUACCCAUGACAUGUUGGAAACUAAAAACAAUACCAUUGAGAUAACUGAAACUUCUCACAAUAUUUUAAUUGAAAUGUUGAGAUACAUUUACACAGGUGAGAUUGAAAUUGACAAAACAGAUAUGAUUCAGCAGCUAUUAAUAGCAGCUGAUAAGUAUGAAAUUGAUGAUUUAAAAAUUGAGUGUGGAAAACUAUUAUAUGCUAAAUUAACAACUGAAAAUGCAAUUGAGUUUCUAAUAUUAGCUUAUACAUGUAAUGCAGAACGUUUAGAAAAUAAACUAUUGAGGUUUCUUACUACAAACACAAAGUUACUUGAUUCAGAACUACUAAAGACAGCUGAUCCUGCUCUACUACUCAAAAUAACACAUUCAUUAAGAGAAAAAUUAACAGGGCAGACGACACUUUGACAGAA